AUGUCCUCCAAUUAUAGUAACUCACUAAAUGAUCAUAAUUCAUUAUUAAAUAUUCCAAACCAACCAAUUAACACUUCAAAUCCAAAAUACAAAAACUUUAAUAUUCACAAUACUUAUAAAAACAACAAUGAUAGUAAUGUUCAAAGAAGAAACUAUGUUGAUAUCAAAUUCUCCGUCCCCAAAAGAUACGAAAUCAUUAAAUUGUUAGGCAAAGGUUCUUAUGGAGUAGUAUGUUCUGCAAGGGAUAAAAAUAUUAAAAAUGGUGAUUAUGUAUUAGCAAUUAAAAAAAUAACAAACAUUUUUAAUAAAGAAAUAUUAUUAAAAAGAGCAAUCAGAGAAUUAAAAUUUAUGUUUUAUUUUCAAGGACAUAAAAAUAUUGUUAAUUUAGUUAAUGUAGAAAUUAUCUUUAAUCACCCUUUUGAUGGGUUAUACUGUUAUCAAGAAUUGAUUGAUUAUGAUUUAGCGAAAGUUAUCCACUCUAAUGUAGUAUUUACAGAAUUCCAUAUUCAAUGGUUUACUUAUCAAAUUCUAUGUGGUAUUAAAUAUAUUCAUAGUGCUGAUGUUAUACAUAGGGAUCUGAAACCAGGGAAUAUAUUAUGUACUAUUUAUGGUACUUUAAAAAUAUGUGAUUUUGGUUUAGCAAGAGGAAUUGGUAAAUCACAGAGAAAUGUCCAAAAAUCUUUAAGAAAUGAUAUUAAUAUAGGUCCAGACGUUGUACCACAUAUCACUAAUUAUGUAGCUACUAGAUGGUAUCGUGCACCUGAAUUAAUGUUGUCCAAUAAACCUUAUACAAUGUCAAUUGAUAUGUGGGCUAUUGGUUGUAUCUUAGCAGAAUUUUAUCAUAGAAGACCCAUAUUUAUGGGAAAAGAUUCUAUACAUCAAGUAUCAGAGAUUAUUAAAUAUUUGGGGACACCAAAUGAACAACUUCUAAAACAAUUUGGAUCAAUUAGGAGCUGGAAUUUAUUAAAUAACAUUACCACAACAACAAGAAAUUAUACUGGUCAAAGAAAAUAUGCACAUGAUUGGAAAGAAGUUUUCCCAUUCGCCUGUAAUUUAGGAUUGAACCUAUUAUCUAAAUUAUUGAUUUGGAAUCCAGUGGAAAGAUUGACAGCUGAAAAAGCCCUUGAACAUCCAUUUUUAAGUCCAGUAAGACGUAAAAAUGAUGAACCUAACUGUCCACAUGGUUCUUUUGAGUUUAAAUAUGAAUUAGAAUUAAAUUCAAUGUCCAAAUUAAGAGAAUAUUUGAUCAGUGAAGUUAUCCAGUACAGGAAUAAUAGAAAUUCAGGAUAG